UUAAAAAAAAUAUUAUAAGCGAUAUCUGGGAUGCAGCUAGGUACAACAUACGAGUGUUCUCUGUUUUAACUUUACAAAAGACAGCAUCUCUUUGUCGAGUCUUCCGCGCUCAAAGCUGGUUUCGGUGAUAGUGUGAAACAAAAACCGUGAUAAAAAAAAAACUGGGUUACCCGCUUACAGAUGGGAUCUGGAAACAGUGCUCCGGUUCCCUCGGGAGUAACAGCAUCCCCGUCACUAACCAGCAUUAUUCAACGCGAUGAUGUGUCGGAUGCCACUGACGGUGACACACCGGCAAUUCAAUUUGAAAAAGAAUACCUUGCAACUGUAAACGCUUUACAAGAUCGACUAGAUGUACUUGAACGAUUGGUAUUAGUUCAACAUCGAUCAGAAGAGGUUCUUCAGCAAAAAAUAGAAGUUAUAAAAAAAUUGCGAGAUAUGGCAGAAAGUCUGGAAACGAAACCCCACAUGAAUGUCAUAAUUGCGACCAGCACAACGACAUCGACGAAUCUCCCCUCUAGUCUAGACAACGUCUACUCCGCCUAUCGAGGAACGCCGACACCCAUGACAAAAACUGUUCAAACACCAACUAAUGCAUUUAUUGUCACUGACGUGAUUCAAGUGGUACGCAUUUGCAAUAAAUUAGGUGAGACUCCAAUUGUGCAAAAACUGCACAAAAUGGGACUUGAUGUUGAAGAUUGACAAUUCAGUUUCCGCUUGUAUGCGUUCAAUGGCGGUGCGAAUUGCAUUUUUUAAAUAGCUGGUUGUCAAUGAGUUCAAUACAUUUGACAAAAAAUCUA